AUCGUGCUAUUUUUCAUUUCUCAACUGUUCCGAGACAAUUUCAGUCAGCGGUGUGGGGCUGGCGGCGACCUAUACUCCAUUUACCAAAUGAUGCUCAAGGGCCACACCUACAAGACGUUCAAGACUGCACUAGGUACUCCGGAAUGCAGAGAGGCUUGUCUUGCUGAUGUCAGAUGUCAAAGCUACAACGCCGUUAUGUUCAUUGCAAUAUGUGAGUUAAACAACCGAACUAAAGAGGCCAGACCAAAGGACUUUGUCAAGAACAAGGACAGAUAUUACAUGGCGAAAGGUCCAAAACGAGGUGAUAGGAAACGCAAAGACUAAAUAGCAGUAUUACGGUAAAAGGGGGGGACGGGGAAAGGGGAUCGGGGGGAAAGGGGGAAGGAGGGGGGAAGGACCACAUUUAACUGAUAGCUCGAUAUGCGAGCGCAACUUGAAAUGUACACAAUAUGAUGCUCGGCAUUGUCUGACACACAUCUUUACAGAAGUGUCCAUAGACUGCCAAUUAUAAAGUAAGUCCUAAGUAUUCCACGGAAAGUAUAUCUUAAAGGUGAUGAAAAUAAACAAUAUGGGUAAUCUGACUUUCGUGGGAUUUUACGCUGUCAGCAAUGAAUCUUUCUUACUCUCAUUCUGCUAAAAUUAAUAAUUUCAAUUGCAGUUCCCCUCGGAUCAAUUCUUGAGUUGCCUGCGGAAUCGUGCAAGGAGAUCAAGGCGAGUGAAGGAGGAAAGGCGAUCAGCAGUAAUAACUAUUGGAUGGAUUCAACCAGAUCUGAUAACUCUAUUUUAGCUGGCUGUGACAUGAAGACUGAAGGUUUGUGCAAGACAUGGUUCUUAGCAUUUUUGUACCAUGCCAAUGAGAGGACUUUACUUAAUCGAUUUUCUUUGUCCCUAGUUGCAGACUAUUGUGUCAAACACCAGUGCCAAAACGAUGCAAAGUGUGUGAACCGUGAGACGAAUUACACGUGUGCGUGUAACUCAUCUGGCUGGACAGGAAAAUAUUGUGAAAAAGGUUCGCCUUUUGUUAAAAUCAUCUCCCAUUUUUAGGAGCAUGUUCAACAAAGAAGAUGAGGGAUGCUUAAUUAAGAUAUGCUUAUCCACAGAUGUCAACGAAUGUGUGGAAGGUUUACAUGGUUGUGAUCGCAAUGCCAUUUGUGAUAACACUGUGGGUUCCUACAACUGCACAUGCAGACCAAGAUUAAUUGGAGACGGAAGAAACAGCUAA